GGCAUUUAAACCCUAAAUGGGGAUGAAAAUGCCGACAACACUGAUACCAGUGUUGGGCAGAAGCCGGUGGUGGAAGUAGGGACUGAGCCAGAGAAAAGGGCAUUGUUUUUGGGUCCCUCUUCAAAUCCCAACAGCACCACUCAGCAGUAGCAGGAAGGUUCAUAUGAAUGGCAAGUUCACAGUUCCACUAUCUGCAAUCGGUCAGAGUUUCUUCCCCGUCUCCGCUUUCCAUAUCUACUUCAUUUGAUCAUGGUAGAGUGAGUUUCCAAAGAAAGGGAAAUUGUCUUGUUUAUGCUUCCACCAACAACUUCAACAGCGACCUUCACCUUCAAUCAAAGGUCGAAACAGUGUUAGACAGUGUAAAAUGGGAUGACAAAGGUUUAGCGGUUGCAAUAGCUCAAAAUGUUGACACAGGAGCCAUCUUAAUGCAAGGUUUUGCAAACAGGGAAGCAGUGGCUGCAACAAUCUCCUCCCAGAAGGCCACAUUCUACAGUCGGUCGCGAUCAACACUCUGGACAAAGGGAGAGACCUCCAAUAAUUUCAUUAAUGUCCAUGACAUCUUCCUUGAUUGUGAUCGAGACUCUAUAAUAUACCUAGGGAAGCCUGAUGGCCCUACUUGCCACACGGGAGCAGAGACUUGCUAUUACACCUCGGUGAUUGAUUUGUUAGAAGAUCAGCAGAGCGGAGGAGAUAAAUUCCCUUUGACCACUCUGAACUCUUUAGAAUCUACAAUUGCAAAGCGAAAAGGAGAACUAGAAGUCCCACAAUCUGGAAAGCCCUCAUGGACGAGACGACUACUACUUGAUGAGAAAUUGUUGUGUUCAAAAAUCAGGGAAGAGGCAGAUGAGCUAUGUCGAACAUUAGAGGAGAAUGAGGAUAAGUCACGUACUGCCUCAGAGAUGGGAGAUGUGCUCUAUCAUUCCAUGGUUCUGCUGGCCCUUAAAGAUGGAAAAAUGGAAGAUGUUCUAGAAAUUCUACGACGUAGAUUUUCUCAGUCAGGUAUCGAGGAAAAGAGAAGUCGCAAGACACAAGGCUAGACACAGACUGUAUUCUAUCAAGUUUUGAGACAUUCAAAGUUUAGAUAGUCUGUUUGUUAUGAUUUAACAUUCUUCACCACCGUCGGUGGUAUUUUUGCACCUAAGUUGGUAGUUUUGUACUGAUGCCGUUACUUUGAUACUGUUUGGAUUGAAAAUCAUCAAAUUCUAAAGUAUUGUGAUAAACCUGUUUCCAGAUCUACCCAGAAUGAAGGAUCACUUGAGAAGGGAAUA